AUGGAGAAGGUGGAGGAAAUCAAGUACAAAGUGCUGGAGCUGAUCAAUAAGAAGAAGGAGGUUAAAAUUCCAAAGAUGGGCUUCACGGACUACUACAUGCACCAGCAGCAGGCGAACCGGGUCGCUUCCGGUGCGGUACUUCCAGCUGGAACUUCGAAACAGGGCUCUCACGGGUCAACAGCUGGUGGGGCUGGCACCACGGGACAAUAUGACUGGGUGGAGGAAAUCACGCGUGACGACCUCAGCGUCGGUGUUCGGAAAGGCACCAUUGAUGAUCAAUCCGCUAGUGGGUCGGGGAAGCUCUCCGACCAGGAAGUGCUCGAAUCCACCGAGGCAAUCUACUUCGACGGUGGCAGCAACACCGGGCUGCACGAGCUGCGUAAGCUUUCCGAACGCGAGCAGCUGUUGGAUUGCGAUUCGAUCGAGCAGUCAAUGGGAGUGCUGAAACGCCAGCACCGGGUUAUCUCGAAAAAGGUGCUCCAGUUGAUCCUGGAACAGCGGACCGCUUGCGACGAGGAGUUCCAGCGUAUCCGCGAGACGGAGCGGUUGUUGCGUGACACUGUGGGAAUGUGCCGAGCGGCACGCCUUAAGCUCGACACCUCUAAGCUACUGCUGACGACGACGAAUCUGGAGAUAUUGGCCGCUUACAAGAAACGCCAGACAUUGGUGAACCUUUUGCGCACCCUGACUGCUCUCAAGAGCAUGCGUUCGAUUGACCAACGGCUACAGCGUCGGCUGACGGAUGCCGAUUACGGUGGGGCGAUCGCGAUCCUGCUCGAGAACAAGAACCUGUCGCAGCGCUUCCACCAGUACCGGUGUGUCGAGUCGCUGUCGCACAAGCUGCAGGAUACGCUGCUGCUGACGGAAGUCCAGCUGGAGAGCGUUUUGGGCGAGAUGCCAUCCGAGUUCGAGCCAGCUCGCUACCAGAAGCUGCAGGAGGCAUACCAGCUGCUCGGCAAGCAGCUGAUCGCGAUGGAUCAGCUGCAUAUGAACUUCGUCUCGUCGGUGCACACGGCCGCGUUCACCGUCCUACGCCAGCACAUGGACGUAAGCGUGGAGGAAAGCAAGAAGCUGACGUACGAGCAAAUGUGCGACUGCGUUCCGGUGGAUAAGUACGUGCAUUGUUUGACGGCACUUUGCCGCGCCUUCUGGAAGAUCCUGGUAUCGUACCACCAAGUCCGCUGCUGGCACCAGAAUCGCUGUCUCUACGAGAAAGCACCUCCACCGGUAGAGCCAGGAACCGGGCCUGAUCCGCCCGACCGAUCGUCUUCCGCUUUCCAUCAGGAGUACAUCCACCAGAAGCUGGAGACGGGCCAGUUCCGGCUGUGGAAUGAUGUCCAGGGCAAGGUGUGCGUGUUUAUCGGCACCGGUCGGCUACACGCGCUCAAGUACGAUCAGUUCGUGCAGAUACUGGCGAUAGUGCAGCGACUAAAGAAGGUUGGAGGCGAGUUUUGUGACAGCCGAUCCGAGCGGUUACUCACCACGAUGCAGCAACAGAGCAUGGAGUUCUUCCGGCGAUAUCAUGCCGCUUGUUUGGAGGAGAUUGGGCUGUUCUUCGACCACGAGGUGUGGGUACCGAUUGGAAGCUUCCACGAUGUGACACAGCUGCAAGAGUAUCGGAACUUCCGACAUGCGCUCGCACGUACAGCAGCCGCUCGAACGGCCCGCGGUAGUCCUGCCGGAACGGCUCGUAGUGGAGAGACACCCGCUGCCGAUCUGAUCCCGGACAGUGCAUCGUCGAUGCAUUCGCAGGAUGAGAGCUCGCUGUACGGAUCUUGUGGGUAUUUUCUGCGUUUUACCGAGAAGAGCUCACCGUUUGAUGGUGGCUUCGACAGCACGAUGCUAGAGGAGGAUAUCCUGGCCGGAAUCGCGGAUGAAUCGUCCUACUACUGCUCGGAGGAUAGCAGCGAUAAUAAUGAGCAGCAAUCGCCAGGCUCACCCGGUCCUCACGUGCCUCCGACCGUCUCGACAGCACCCUCGACACCCAUCGUCGUGGUUAACACGUCUCUCACGGUGCUACGGUGUAUCGGGCGAUAUCUCUACUUCUGCAAGCUGCUGCACCCAAUCACACCUCACAUCGUACGCUCGAUGGCCGAGUUAAUCGACUACUAUCUCUACUCGGUGCAUGAUCUAUUUUCCGCAGAUUUGCCGGUGCCACGAGACAACCUGGCCAGUGGGCGGCUUCGUACGGCGCUGCAACGUAUCCAGGCAGAAUUGCUACCGAAGUUGCGCCGCGUUUGGCCACUCUCAGAUGAGAUGGUGCGGCCAGAUCUGUCUGAUCCGGACACGGUGUACGGAUUGCAUCGACGUAUCGUCGCGAGCGAAAGCUGCCUCACACUCGUGGCCCAGUUCCGCCAGAUGGAACCGUAUUUGGGUGGGUUGCUUGGAGCUGGUGGUAAUCUUGAUGAGGGUGGCUGGACACAGACGGCACUACGCGAGUACCUCGUACGUACGGCGGAGUACGUACCGGAUGUACGAAAGCCCAUCUUUAUGUGCUCAACGGCUCGCAUCAUCGAUCUGCAGGCCGUGUUGGGCGCAAUGAACAAAGUCAAAUGGGACAUCAACCACGUGAACGUGCAACAUUCGCCGUACAUCGACACCAUCAACCGGGGUGUCCAGUACUUUGCCAUGAAGCUGGAAGAGGAAACCUCCUCCGUGUUGCUGUCCCGGGAUGUACUGUGGGACAGUUUCGUACACGUGCUAACGCAUCUCCUCGUCGAAGGGUUCUCUAAUGCCAAAAAGUGCUCGGCGGGUGGUCGUGCGCUGAUGCAGCUCGAUUUCACCCACUUCUGGUCGCUGCUGGAGAUUGUGUCCGGUGGCAAACAUCCGGAGCAUCGGGCGUACGUCGAGCAGUACGUGAAGGCGUACUACUUACCGAAGGACCUGCUCGAGCAGUGGUUGCUCGAACCGCACGGUUAUUCGUCGAAGCAUCUGGCUGGGCUGGUGCAGUGUGCGUGCAGUAGCGACAAGAAGGCCCGCCAACGGCUCCUGGCGCUGGUUGAAUCAUCCGCAGGACCUGCGACGCCGGCCGAUUCCUCUCCCACGUCACCUGCGGCUAUCCCGACCGAAUCCGGCCUUCCGUCGGAACCUUAACUGAUCUGAUUCGAACGACGAUCUGACGGGCAUCGCCCAUCUCUUUGUUUUGUUUGUUUAUUUGUGUUUUUGCGUUUCGUCUAAUUUUUUUGUUUGUUUGUAGCCGUAUGAUCGACUCCUGUUUUGGAACCACACCGUGCGAUAGGAAUUAGUGAUCGCACCGCUACCAAACGGGACUAGUACAAUUAACCCUUAGGCUACAUUGUCCAGCACUAGUAUUGCAAUAAUUCUCGUCACUAUCGUCGGCUGUCCUGGCCGGCGUGAUUAGUCAUCUUACACUGCUAUUGGCAGGGCUGGAACCCUGGAUGAUGCGGUCGUACCGUGGAUUUUGCAGUUCACUCCCGCGAUUCGGGCUCGAGCCCUGCGAUUAAAUUGUGCAAUUAUUUUCGAUAACUCUUUUACUCUUUAAGCGGUACUCUUCCUCUCUCCAAUCUCGAACAAAUCAUGACCCGGAGCGAUCGCUCCCUCCUCCCAUUUCUCGCUUGUUUUCCGACCAACCGGCGAGUGCCGGUCUCUAAUUUAUGCCCAUCACUAGUUGCUAAUUUUAUUAUUGUUAUAUGCUCAGCCUGCUGCUAGCAUUCCGGUUCGCCCGUGGCGGGGUGCCACCCUAGAGGGAACCUUAUUUAUCUGUAAGCGAACAAUGGCAAAAUAAAAGACAUCGGCCCAACCAGGGGGUUGAA